AUGAGCUCUGGCGCAACCCAACCGCCGCGCGGUAUCCCUAUCCUCUCUGGCCCACCUCCCGUCGUCGAGUCAUCAGCAUGUCGUCAAUGUGGACGCGACUUUAACCCUCUCUGGCGGCGAGGCAAGAACUGUGGCCAUUGCGGUUACGAGUACUGCUCGACGUGCAUCGACGACGGACAGGCGCUCAUGCCGCGCCGAAACGGGGCUUCACAACGUCCCCGAGGUGGAGCGGACGGGGUGUUUUCUGAAAUCCGAGACGCGUUCAUGGGCCCCAGUGAGACUGCUGCUGCGCCGGGUUACGAUGUCGAGCCCGUGUGCUUCCACUGUCUGGCAAUGCUGCAAGUGACUGCUGCGCCGCUGGACAUGCUCCGCUCACUCCCGAUCAAGCGCCUAAAGGAGUACUUGACCGCAUACGACAUCAAGACUGUCGCCCUGAAAGAAAAGGAGGACGUGGUGCAGGCUGCGUUCCGCGCGCGCAAUCCCAACACUGGUUGUCUCGCGCCCGAGCACGAAAGCUUCUAUCGCCGUCGUUCAGUGCCGAAGCUUGGCCAGCCAGUGCCCCCACCAGGCCACAGCCAGCAGCAGCAGCAGCGACAGCGCCCCCCUCCACAGCAGCAGCAGCAGAAUGCCAACGGUCGUCGACCUCCACCACCGACCUAUGCCCAGCGUGGCCAACAGCCGCAGUCGCAGCAACAGAACCGUCCCCCUCCACCAGCCCAGGCUCGUCCACAGGCUCAACAGACCCGUCCGCAGGCCCAACAGACCCGUCCACCACCCGCCACUGGUAGCCGAGCGACUCCAGCUCCAGCCCCGAAACCUGCGCCCCGCGCCCCUCCCCCGCCCGUCCCCACGAUCCACUCCCUCGUCGCCCUUCCCAACUCGUACCUCGCGUCUCUGUCCAUUGGCACACUCAAAGCAAUCCUGUUCCAGAACCACGUUCAGGUCGAUUUCAAACAAGUGCUCGAAAAGGAAGAGCUGAUUUCGCGCGUCAACGAGCUUGUGGUCGAUGAACGAAAGCGGCUGGAGAGGCAGAGGGUGACUGAGGAGCGAGAGGCCGAGGAAGCCAGGCUGGCUGCCGAGGCCAAGAAGGCAAAAGAGCUGGCAGCAGCGAGGGCUGCAGAGGCCGAGGCGAGUGGGAACGGGAAUGGGAGCGGAGACGGAGCUGCUGGAGCUUCUGGAACGCCUGGGACGCCAUCUGAUGGCCUCGGUGGAGAUGGAACACCGACGAACCCCUCGCCGCAGCCUCCCUCCCCGCUGCCAGCGGCCGAGCGUCCGCCGCCCACUGGCCCACAGCCAGACAUGGACCGCGGGCUCUGCGUCGUGUGCCAGGACGAAGAGGCCACGCUGGCCGUAGUCGACUGUGGCCACCUGGCAAUGUGUCAGCACUGCUCCGACCUCAUCAUGGCCACGAGCCGGGAAUGCCCGCUGUGCAGGACGCGCAUCGUCACGCCGCAGCGUCUUAUUCGCAUCUACCGCGUCUGA